AUGGAGAGUCUUUUGGGAGGACUUGUUCACACCGGAGACCGACCUCGAACAGAUAUCGAGAGCUGGACGAGUGGUCAUGGUGGAAGCAAUGCAAGUGGACUGGGAGGCGACGAUCACGAUGACGACCUCGACUCGCUCGAUGCCUGGGCUCCAACGGAUCCCCCACAUAACGCUCACCCCUCGAGCAGUAGCAACAACAGUAAUGGCACAACAAGCUCAGCUCACCCGCCUGGACACCCGUCUCAUAGAGCAGAGUCUCCCCUCGCCUUCAGUCACUCGCCAGAACCGGAGGACGACAUCUCGACAUACAACGAAAGGGCCCGCAGAAAAAUCAACGCUCUUUCGGACAGCAUGGACAGCAUGACACUCGACGAGGGCGUAUUCAGUCGGUACCUCGGCAACAGUUCAGGAAUUGAUCUCAUCCAAAAGAACCAGCUCCUUAAGAACGGAUAUCUGAUGGUUCCUCUCAAGCAGAAGGAUCAUUACGAGUGGCAAUUGGAGACCGAGGCGGCAUUGGCACAGCUGACUUCGCAGAUGACAAUGCCUCCGCAGGAUCUGGCAGACCACUUGAUCGACACUUACUGGACCUACAUCCACCCACACAUGCCCGUUCUCCACAAACCGCUCUUCAUGCGUCAGUACAAGAAUGCCGAUCCAGAGAAGCGUCCGCCUGCGGUGCUACUGAACGCCAUGUUCUCUAUCGCCUCUCGCUUCUCUGAUCACCCCGAGAUUGUCGGACUGUCGGAUCCAGAGGACUUUGGAGUCGAGUACUUUUCCAGGGCCAAACGGCUGGUCGACUUGGACAUGGACAUGCCUCGACAGGCCUCGAUCCAGGCGCUGCUUUUGAUGACACUCUACCGGUUUACGAGUACCAAGUGCGGCGGUCGUGGUGUCUGGGUGAUGUUGGGACAGGCGACCAGAAUGGCUCAGGAUUUGGGGAUGCAUCGCAACUCGGCCCGCUGGUCUCUGCCACCUUUGGAGACUGAGAUCCGGAAACGACUUUGGUGGGCCUGUUAUGUCAUGGAUCGCUGGGUGUGUGCCUCGCUUGGACGACCGAUCGCCAUUGACGAUGCCGACUGUGAUGUAGAUUAUCCCUCGGCGGUGGAACAGGACUAUGUGGACGCGGACGGAAACGCAGCAUCGCCUCAUGAGAACAGCGACAAGAUCAACGAAGAGUCUUCGUUCUUCCUGCGGUACUUUGUGGAGCACAUCAAGUUGGCAAAGCUGGUUGGGUUAAUCUUGAGGCGCAUCUAUGCGGCGGCUACGAGGACUCAUGGACCGGCUCAGGUGUCGUCUACGGUGGCAGAAUUGGAUACGUUACUGACAAAGUGGCUCCUGGACCUGCCUCAGGAUCUGAGAUACGACCACCAGGCCACCACCUUUAACCGCUGGGUUGCCAUCAUCCAUUCCUCCUACUACACGGCGCUGAUCCUGUUACACCGACCCUACAUGAUCCCAACCUUGCUGACAAAGUCCAACCUAUCCGACUCGAUGCCAUCCCUCAACAUAUGUGUCUCUGCCGCAAACUCGAUCACCCACCUGGCGAAACGACUCCACGAGACCGACAACCUCAAGUACCUCUGGGCCUUCUCCUGCUACGAGCUCUUCACCGCCUCCUUGAUCCACUUAACCAACUCUGCGUCCAUCGAUAUGCGGCUCCAGACACAGUCCAGGAACAACCUGGUCACCAGUAUCCUUGUCCUCAAGCGGGAGAGUGGUCUUUGGUUUAACGCUUCCAGGGUGUCGAAGUUUCUGGAGGAUCUGAUGUGUGCGCAUUUGAACUUUGAGGAGUACAAUUCGGAAGGCAGGAGUAUGCAUCCGGUUGUGGUUAGUGAUCUUACGGACAAUAAUAAUGUAAACUUGCCGAUUGUCCUGAGAGAUGGGCACCCUUCCGGAGGAUCGCUACUUGUGGCGCCCAAGGAGUCUACACCUACGUCGUCCCAGACGCCGCCCUCUGCAGUGUCGACUCCUAAUUCUUCGCCCUCAACGCCGACGACGGGCGCACCUAUGGAUACUUCUCCAGAUGGUGGCAGUCCGGGUAGUCGUGGCCCUAUGCUGAUCCCUAUGCGCGAUGUGCCACCAUCAUCGUCACCAUCAACAACAGCCCCACCCACUUCUGGAGCCUCAACAACGCAUCCGGCAGUGACUCCUCGGCCCAUGAAGAAGAGUCGCAAGCCAGUAUCCAACUCUCAAAGGAACUCGCUCCUUUUCAACAGCUCUACUCCUUCUCCUUCUCCUGCGGCUCCUCCUGCGGCUCCUCCUGCUUUCGUAUCUUCAACACCUGAUCAUCCCACGUUCUCAUUCUCGUCGCUCUCGAUUCCGGGGAUGUUUACUCAAGGUCAGGCUUUUCCCUUUGGCGGCGCCAACUGCCCUGCUCCUGGUGCUCCUCAGCAGCAGCAGCAGCAGCCUCAACAGCAACAGCAACAGCCGCAAUAUCAACAACAACAACCUCAGCAGUUCCAACCACAACAACCUCAGCAACAGCAGCAGUCGUCUUUCCAGUAUUCGGCAACACCCCUGUUCUCGUCCCCAUUGGCCCUGCAGCAACAGACAGCGACCGGCUCCUCCAUCCGGAAAUUUCCCACCCAACAGCAAGGACCACCAGGAUCGCAACCUCCACAACACCCUCAAGUCCAACAGUUGCAGCAAGGAGGGGGAGGAAACAGCGGGCUCAUGCAGUACCAGCAACAGAUGCAAUCAAGUCAAGGAUACUCCUCGCAAGGUGGGUUUAUUCCACCCACCUCUUCGGCAGCACAAGGCUACGUGAACGGGAUGACAGGAGGCGGGCCUCCCAUGCGCGACAACAACGACUACUCCAACUUUUCGCUCUUCCCUCAACAGGACGCCUCUGCCCCUGCCUUUGCCACUUCUACUACUGGAGCUGGGUCUCCAGCAACAGCGGUGACAGCAGCAGGAACAGGAGCAUCACCCAUGCCUCCAUCAACCACAGCAGGAGGUGGAGGCAGUCCAGGUCUGUUCCAGGACCCGAAUGUCAUGGCCGCAGUACCGAACCCGUUCUUUGGCGUGCCCAAUACCAUUGACUGGGACGAGUGGCAGCAGUACAUCGCCAAUGCUGGCCUGCAAAAGUUUUAG